AUGUCUUCUCCAGCAAGCCUCUCGUCGUCUCUCUCCACAGCUCCGGCUGCCUCUACCGGCGCUUCCGCUACCACCGAAACCUCAAAGCCGAAGCCAUGCUGCGUCUGCAAACCCGAAAAAGCUGCACGAGACGACUGCAUGCUAUUCUCUAAAUCGGAUGAUCCCGCCGCAAAAGAAUGCUUGUCAUUCGUACAAGAAUACAAGGCCUGCAUGGCUGGGUUCGGAUUUAAGGUCUGA